UUUUCCUAUCCGGACUAAAAAUUCUUUUGAUUUAAAAACUAAGAAAUUUGGUAAAAAAAAAAGAAAAAGAAAAAAUAAGAACAUAUCCGUCUCUCGUUUUCAGUCUGCUUCUACUUCCAUCGAAGGUAUUUACAUACAUGGUUUAAAUUUAUUCAUUGAAAUUUUUACCAUUAAAGCCUAUAUAUUCUUAUAUGAAUAGAUGAAUAUACCAAAUUGAUGAGAAGAGAAGUAACUAAAAAAUAUUACAAAGAAAAAGCAAAGGCUGAGAGAAUUGCCAAGAAGCAACGACCAAUUGAGAUUGCUAAACAAGAUCGUUAUGAUCUUAAAUUUAGUCCAAUCUUUUCUUCUUCAUUUGCUAAGCAGGAUCAAAAGAAUAAGGAAGAGCCGAAAUGUGUUGCUAUGAACCUUCCAUUAGAAAUAUUCAUUAAGAUAGUAGAAUAUGCAACGCAAGAAACUGCUCUUGCCUUAUCAUUAACAUGUCAGAAAUGGUAUGAUUGGCUUACUGACGGUGGAAGCGUUUAUAUAGACCGAGCUUGGCGUAGAUCACGAAAUAAUACCCAUCCUUAUCUCAAAAAACAAAAGAAUGGCGUGUGCGAGAGGAUUUAUACCAUUAGAAAAAUGAAACCAAAACCAAUUUGGUAUCGCGAAUGUGAUAUGUGUUUCAAAAAAUCAACCACUAACUCAUGGAAUUUUGGAAACGAGCUAGUUAAAACUUGCUAUAACUGUAUGAUGAUGUAUAAGGUGAAAUAUACAUAAAAGUGAAGUGAGGAAGUAAGGAAGUGAGAAGCAAAAUACAUAAAAAUUCGCUGGCGACUUUUUUUUUGUCUUUUUAGUCAUUAGUAAUUGUAAUGUAAUUUUGAUCUGUAUCUGUUAAUUUUUU